AUGAAAUCUCUAUUUCUAUUCAUUUUUGUUCAAUUUGUUUUUGGGAAUACAGUGAAACGGGGCGAUGGACGAGGGGAAACGCAAAGUUUUCAAUUGCAACGAGAAGUCGAAUUCGAUGAGUUGACGACUCCGACAACUACGAGGAAACCGACGACAACUGUUGACCCGAUGGUAGUCGAUUUUGAGCGAACUGCGACAAGGGAAAGAGCAAGAGAGCCGAAAAAGCAAACUCCACAAGGCCCAUUGAUCCCCUACAAUGAUCCGAAUGUGGUGGAAAUUGCUCCUUUACCUGAUGUGGCUCCAAAUGUAAUUCCUGGUCGAGAGGGAACGAAUACGAGAUUUGAAGGAAACGUUGGGAAAGAUAUCCCAUCAAUGGGUGUCGAUGAUCGUCCAUCCCAACGAGUUGAAUCGUGCUAUUCUGGGUUCAGUGUGGUGAAUACAGAGACAGUGGCCACUGGGAAAGAGGAAUGCAGUGAGAUCACCGAUAUGUGUUACAACGCGACGAUCACUGGGCCAGUCAUUGGAACGAUCGGGAAAGCCGGUUGUUCGACAUCGAGGUGUAAGUUAGCGAACGCUGUGAACCGUUGCAUGGACAUCAACUAUGCCGGCUAUCAAAUCCAUUUCUGUUGUUGUAACACCGGGAAUUUAUGUAAUUCAAAGUAUACAAAUCUAAACAUUAUCGAAACUGGUAUCGAGAAAGUGAAAGAUGGGCUGAAAUUUGUGGAUAAAAUAUUGGAUGUUAUCGGU